AGACUCCUGGGACAGAUAUCUUUCGCCAACUUUCAAGAUGGCGGCAGAACGACCGGCGAAACUCGAUUACAAAUCGAGGCUUUUAGUCGACCAGAUUGUACAACAUGUAAAAUCACAGGGCAUUUUUGAUCAGUUUAGACGUGACUGCAUUGACGAAUUGGAGCAGAAGGAAUCCUAUCGUCAGUUGAAGCAAAGAGUCGAGAGCCAUGUUGCAACAUUCUUAUCAAAGCAGACUUGGACGGACGCUCUGCCCAAAAAUCAAGUCAGAGACAGUCUGCGAAAACACAUUAACCAAUCGGAAGUGUUGGAGCGAGGUAUAAAGCAACUGAUCUCCCAAGCCCUUGAUAGCAAAGCCAAAAGCUUCCAGACUCGCAUUGAAGGUGUUGUUCAGAACUACAUUUACACACAAAAUAAUCCACAUAACCAAGACAAGCAAAAUCGCAAACACAAGACAGUGGAUGAAAAAGAGGACAGCACAUCCAACUCAAGCUCUGAGACAAAACAUGUUGGGAUAUGUGACAUAAGUGACCUUAUUCCAAUACCAGGCCUUAUAAGCACAGUUGCAAAGACAACAGAGACUGCUGAUAAGAAAUCAGGGGCUCAAGAGGGUUCAAAGAGUGGAACCUCAAAAAGUUUUCCAACAGGAAAGAAAUCUCAUUCAACACAAGGGAAGUCAAAUUUGCAUGCGGGAAAAGGAGAGGAGAGUAAGACUGCAAGUCCCUUGGAUGAAAAGGUCACUCAGGUAGAUGAGAGUAGCAAAUUUAAAGAUGGAAAAAGCAAAGCAUCACGAGUGAAAACAGAAAGUAUGAGUACAGAUGAGAGUUGUCUUUCACCUAAAGUGGAAGAAAGUUUAUACAAAGUCAAGGAUGAGAUGAAUAAAACCAGCAGAUUGAAACUGGCUAGUUCCAGUCCAGGAGAAUGUUUGGCAUCUUAGUCGUCAGUGGAAGAAAGAGGUGACAAAUACAUGACAUCUGAGGGAAAGAACGUAAAUACGAAACAAAGUUAUCCUUUGUCUGGAGUUACAGAAACUGAGGCUGUCAAGGAGGAUAUCACGAGAGGAAUAGUAGUGCAGGCAGACAAAGAAAAUGAAGCAAACACACAGUUAAACUUCAAGGUCAAAGAAGAAAAGGUUGAUGCAUAUGGAAUUAAUGAAGAAGGCUAUAUUUCUGGGAAACUGAUAGAAGAACAAAGAGCCGACAAUAUCGUGUUGGAUGAAGGAAGUAAAAGUGCUGAAAGUACCCAAAGUGAAAGUUUUCAAACAGCGAAGGCAGAUGACAAAGUUCCCGAAUUUUGGAGCAGAUUCAAUGAAGCACCUGCCAUGGAUGUCACGGUCACCGCUGGUGAAAUCAAAGAAGACGAAAGCGUGGAAAAAUGCGAACCUAUGAUGCUAUUUUCUGAAAAGAUGUC